UGCUGUGACGGAGCUUUUCAGGUGCUUGGUAUCAAAGAUCUCGAGUGCAAAGUUGUAGGCUCAACCAAAAAUUAUAUUGCUCUUACACACGCCUUUUUUGUAGAAGGGCGUUUACCAAUUAUCAAGCAGGAGGUCCCGUUCUAUGCCAAUCUUCCGAAUCAUCUCGCAGCCGAAGCUCUCAAAUAUCGGUUUCGAAAUCGGGACAAAUGUAUGAUUCGACUAAUGGCUGAUGAUGUGGUACCACGAUGGACUCGUGAUGAACGUAGGAAGUGGGCCGAUCAAAAACAUCAAGACGUUAUGGGUGGAUUAAUUCCAUUACCGAAAGGAAUUGGCCUUUCCAUGAUUGCGCCAAAAUCUGAAGAAAUGUGAUA